CAAAGCGCGGAUAUUGCCCCCCCCAUACGGUCUGCCAAGGUCACAAUACAGCUCCUGGGGCCAGAUACCUCACUCAUCCUCCCCUAUAGGUCCCGUCCCUGUUGGAAUCAGACUCAGUCUAUCUUACAGAACAAUAGAGAGAUGCUUCACUGAACAAAGCAGAACACCACAAGAUACAAAUAGAGAUGCAUUUCUGGCACCUGGCUAUUUUCGAAAGCUGCUAAAAGUAAACCACUGAAAACAACUCUGACAUCGGUCUUACUUUUGGUCUUAUCCCCCUUCUCCCCCUGCAGACUUGCCAUGAUCCUUCUAUGAAUCAUAAUACCUGGGCUCUGCACUCUGCCAUGAUUCCUCUAUAACUCAGAUCCCCAGUCUCCUGGUAUGGCUCGGAUGAAAGAACUCUGGUGCCUGGUGUCUUUGCUGGCGCUGAUUCACUGCAGUAAGAGCGCGUGUGCCUGCGACGUCAUCUGCACAACAGAUUACAUCUCUACCAUCAACUGUUCCAGAGCAGAACUGCGACCUGCGGCUUCCUGCCAUGUUCAGUUUCAGUGCAGCGAUGAUGAGAUUGACGAGAGCUGUGAAAUGACACAAUCAGAUCACUGGUGUGCUAUCAGACCUGAUGACUUUAAAAUGAUGCAAAUUGAUACUCAAUGCACCGUCAGAGUGAAACAGGAGCAUCAAACAGAAAUAAAAGAAACUUUGUGGCCCCUCUUGAACUUUGUGAAGCCCACAGCUCCCUUCAAUGUUACUUUGCAAGGCAGUGGUUUAGAUUUCAACCUGACGUGGAGGAUGGCUUACACAGAAGACGACUUUCUAAGCGACUUCCUCCUCUACAGAGUGAGGCUUCGACCACGUGGUGGUCAGGAAACCAUAUAUUACAAUGUGACACGGAACAGCAGAUUCCUGGCCAUCAGGAAGGAGAACGUGGCGAGGUGCGAGAGCUAUGUGGUGGACGUCCAGGCGGCCGGCCAUGACAUGAUGCCCACCAUGUGGAGCGACUGGAGCAAUACGGCUGAACUAACCACCAUGCAGGAGAACUGUUUGGUUGAAUCUCCGGAGUGGUAUUUCCUUUUCCUGGUGGUGCUCCCCAUUGCGUUCAUCAUCGUCUUCAUUAUUUGCACAAAAAUAUGGGCCUACAAACUGAACUUAAACAGCGUUCCGAAUCCAAGGAAUUUCUUCAAACCCCUUUAUCAUACAUAUGAGGGUGACUUCAAGAAAUGGGUGGGACCAGUGUUGAUCUUCAACAGCGUUGACCUUCUGGAGAAGAGCCCUUCUGUAAAAGUCACAUGUGACAAGACGUCUCCCUCCGCGCUUGACAAGGGGACAGAGGCCCUCGCCAACAACCUUAACACGCACGGCUCUAGACCAGGUCUCUUCCCUCUGCUGCAAGACCCCAACUAUCCCACUUCCCGAAGCGGCAUGUCAUCACACAACACAUUUCCAGACACUGCAAACGGCGGCCCUUCACAGCAGCAGCAUCCCCAUCACAUCUCCAUUGAUACGGUGAUGGUAUCUGAGGAGGCAGAUCCACUGGAGGUGGUCAUGCCAGAGGAGGAAGAGGCCGUUGACCACUGGCUGUUUCCUGACCCUGCUGACCAGGAGCAGCAGCAGCAGCAGCAUGUCUACGAUGUGGAGCAGCUCUCUCUGGACUCCUAUGGCUCCAGCGCCUACUCGGAGGACGGCUAUCCCCGCGUGAAGCUGGACCUGGACACGGUGGACAGCGGCUUUAUGGAGUCGGAGUGCAGCAGCCCUGGCUAUGAUGGCUAUGAUGACGACGAGGAGGAGGCCACGGCCCAGCAGAAAGAGACUGAUCCACUUCACAUGGGGAUGGGGGGCAUGGGAGAGCUGCCCCAUUCCAACUAUGUCAAGCAGUGGGUAGCCCGCCCCGGCCAGUGAAAUACUGGAUGAAUAUGGGGAAAACAGUGACUGUGAACAGUGAACUGCCUUUGCACAAUGGAAAAGUAUUUAUUGGGCAUACAAUGCCUGUGUCUGUAAAAAUGUCUGUGGACUCUUGAAGGUGGCACAGGUAUGCUAUUCUCCAGUCGUCCGGCAGUAAGUGGGUCCAUGCAUGUGUCCAUCUGUUUUUUUUUUGCACAAUACCAUUUGAACAAGUUUACAAAUAAUGACCAAAAUUUCUGUGGUAAUGCUCUGUAAAAGGUACUGAUGAACAUUUGGAGACACAUUCUUUCAAGAUGGCCACCUUCCAAUAUGGCAGCAGUAGCAUCAGAAUCAAUAAUGUGGUAUUGCAUCCAUUUUCAUUCUAUAUUCUAUAAUAUCUGCUUAUGGCAUAAUAUUACAUUACCUGUACAUUAUCCAUAGCUGACACUUUCUUCCAAAGCGAUUUGUAGUUAUUUUAGGUAGGAUUUUUUGCUUAUGGAAGUAAGAAAUGUCUCAUUGUUACAGCUCACAGAGUAGUUAUCACACCUUGGUUAAAACUAAUAAUGGCUUUGUUUUCAUUUAAGCCGUAUACAGUCUUUAAAACAUUUUAAGUCAGCCUGUCUUAUUUUUCUGUGAUUUUUGAAUAAAAUGUGU